UGCAAUGAAAGGGUCCGUUUCAAUAAUGUGACUAGAGAGAAGGUGACUUUGUGGCAAACCAAAGGACAUACACUGUAAAGUGUUAAAAGGGUCGUACAAAGAGUGCUAUGUAUGGGAGCGGUUGGAGGAAGUUCUAUGAUGACAACAAGCCAGGGAAGGGUCAGAUGGUGGUGUUCUUCCUGGAUGAACCUUCGCCUAGGGCAGCUAUUUGUGUGAUCCAAGUGGGCAGCGGCUCCGAAGAUGAACAGCCUAUGGAAGAGGGUGAUCCCAUUGAAGAUUCAGAUUCAGAUGAUGAGGAUGGAGAAGCUUCAAGCAAUGAUGGUGAAGGCAUUGUUCGCAUCAGGGGGCUUCUACUUAAUGAGACAGAGUGUUUUCAGCUACAAGGGCUGCUGCCUCUCAGUGAUGAUUUCAUCGGGUUUCCUUUCGUUCACCGCCUCACAAGGACAGACAAUUGUUUGGGCAUGAUGGGUCUGAUGGAUGCCCGCAUGCAGAUUGAACGCGAGAUCGAAACUAAAACCAAGUCCUCCUUGAAAGAAGGGUUAGGUCAACAGCUUAAAAUUGAUCAUAUGAAGGAGUCCAAAGACUUAAAAAGAGAUUGCCUAAACAAUGUGGUACAGCUUUUGAAGUUGAAGGAGGGAAACCUGGGAGUGAUAGAAAUGAAGAAGGCGGAGAUAAGUUGUGUUAAAGAUACUGAUUUAGAAGAGAGAAGCUAUAAUGUCGAGAUCACUGACACUGAAGCAUCAGAGGGUUUGCUAUAUGAAGAAGUUCUGACAUUGCAGAGAGCAAGGAUUGACCCAACCACAACAAAGGCCACCAUUGAUGAGAUUGCAACUAAAGCUUACAGCCGGUGCAGUGUGCCAUACUUCUUUGAGAUUGUCAAUCUCGUGUGGAAGAGCCACCGCAGGGCCCAGCUUGUUAGGAACAGUGGUUUUGGCUAUCUGUUGGAGCUGGUCGACUGUCCUGUACCCAGGGGUUUGUGCAGUGGAUUGCUGAUAAUGUGGACACACAAGCAGAAGCAACUGUUUUGA